CUUAAGCUCACUCUAGGCCAUCCUAAAACAGAAAGUUUAUACUAGAUAUCCAAACUCAAGAUACUUUUUGCAAGACAAUGGUUGAAUAUCAAGAUAGUACAGCUGUUGUUGAGACGACAGCUGCUGACAACACUACUGCUUUUAAUACAAAGCGAGAGUUUCAUAAUGAUGAAACAUCCACUUAUUGGCUACCAAAGGAUGAUGAAGAACAAAUGAGACUUACUGGGCAACAUUUUAUAUUCAAGGAACUCUUUGAAGGCGUAAGUGAAGCUCUGGAUUUUGAAAAGGGGAUUACCAUUCUUGACGUGGGAUGUGGCUCUGGCGUGUGGGUCAUGGACAUGAUUCAUGAUUAUCCCAACUGCACCUACUAUGGCUGCGAUAUUGCUGAAACAGUAAACAAAAAGACGGAUUACAAGCAAUUCACUUUUAUUCGUGCAAAUGUAACUAAAAGGCUUCCAUAUGAAGACAAUACUUUCGAUUUUGUUCAUAUGCGACUGUUUAUUGCCGCCCUUCGUGAAGAUGAAUGGCCAGCAGCCAUUAGCGAAGUAUUGAGAGUCACUAAGCCGGGAGGCAUGAUACAGUUAAUGGAAUACGACCCUAAACUGCCAAAAGAUCCCUCUAGCAUAUACUAUAAGACCGUGACAGCCUUUAGGAGUAUAUGCGAAUCAAGAGGGCAAAACCCAAACAUUGGUGGUGAAUUAGUACCUCUGCUCUCAACAUAUGAAUGCUUAAAGAUUGUUCAAUCUGAAUAUAGAGCGAUUGACAUGAGCUCUGGCACUCCUAUGGCAAAGAGACUUAUUUGGGACGUCAUAGAAGCAUUCAAGAGUAUGCAACAUGUAAUGGGACCAAUUGUAGGGGUAAAGGCCAAGGAAAUAGAACAGUUUCUAAUAGAUUACGAGCAUACUUUACAAACAAAAGAGAGUUUUAUCUGCUUUAGCUGUGUUGCUGUCCAAAAACUUCAAUAA